AUGUCUGAGAGUCAAGUCUACCAACACUACCAGACAAGAAACUUCAUUCCAUUCCGUCUAGGCAGGGGAUCUUCUCCUCGACCUAAUGACACCCCGUCGCCUUCUCGAUCCCCCGCCCCCCAGUCUCCAGGUUCCUUCGGCAUGUAUAGCCAACCACCCCAGCAAGCCCAAGGGCAUCCUCACAUGCUCAUGAACGCCGCCGGACAACCUCACACACGAUAUAUGCAAAAAAACAUCGCCCAGGCUUUUCAGGCUCAACACCAACAUCAUCAACCGCUCCACCAACCCCAGCAACCUUCCCAGCUCUCUGACAGGGUUCUUGCUCAUCCAGGUGCCAAUAACUCUCAAAAUGGACUUUCGGGACAUCAGCAUACCUAUUCAGGUGGGACAAUUGGAGGAACCGGGUUCACAGGCCAGCAGCAACAGCAGCAGCAACAUUUGACCAACGGCGUCGCGUCAUCCGUCCAAACGAAUGCAAAUGUAUCCGGUCAUUGGGAAAAGCAACUGCAACUCGCUCAGAUCUCUCGCCAGAGCGGCUCACCCCACCAUCAGGCUCGAGUGGCCGCGACAAAGACAAAGACUGGCGUUGGAGCUAAGGGAGCUUCGACAGUGCUGACGACGGCGGAGGACAACGAGGAUGAAGGGUCGAAUGGUGCUAAUGAGAACGAAAAACGUCCGAUACAACAGCGGAAGCUCACGGAGAAAGACAAGCGUCAGGAAUGGUUCGCAUUAGACUUUGGUGGCCAAGGACUCCGAGCUCUUGCCGAGAAUCUCUUCAACUACACAUUCUUAGACAAGCUCUAUAUCAAUCAUAACCAAUUGAAGUCGCUACCUUCGUCUAUCGGAAAACUAAAGCUAUUGACAUACCUGGACGCCUCCAGCAACCAGCUGACGGAAAUCCCGGCAGAGAUUGGAAUGCUGACAAAUCUGAAAACUCUCCUCCUUUUCGACAACCACAUCCAAAACUUGCCCGGUGAGAUGGGGACGCUUUUCCAGCUUGAGAUUCUUGGUGUCGAAGGAAACCCUCUGAAAGAAACUUUGCGCUCCAAGAUCGCAACAGAUGGAACGUCUGCCCUGAUCAACUACCUGCUAGAGAGCAGCCAAAUUGAACUACCGGACCCUGCGAGAGAAUGGAACGUAUUAGACGGAUCGACACUCGAAGGGAAGCCAUCGACCGAAGGAGAUCCUCACAAAUUCAGCAUCAUUUCUUAUAACAUCCUCUGUGAGAAGUACGCGACACCACAGGCUUAUGGAUACGUACCUUCUUGGGCUUUGGCUUGGGAUUAUCGAAAGAGCCUCAUCAGCAAUGACAUCCUGAGCAGCAAUGCGGAUAUCGUCUGCUUGCAAGAAGUCGACCUCAACAACUUUGAAGAUUAUUUGAGUCCAACCAUGGCCUACCAAGACUACAAGGGUGUCAUUUUCCAGAAGACACGAGCACGCAACUUCGGGGCCCAGGAGACCCGCCAAGUCGAUGGCUGUGCCAUUUUCUGGAAGACGACAAAAUUCAACAUAUUGGAUAAACAAGUUAUUAACUUCCAACAGCUUGCGAUUAAUCGUCCGGAUAUGAAAAAGGCCACAGAUAUCUUCAACCGAGUCAUGCCCAGAGACGAUGUUGCUACUAUAAUCUAUUUAGAGAACAAGCUCACAGGAGGUCGCAUGAUUGUUGCGAAUGCUCAUCUGUUCUGGAACCCUGUAUUUGAGGACGUCAAACUUAUUCAAACCGCCGUACUGAUGGAGGAACUGGGCAAGCUAGCUAAUAAAUACGUUGCCAACCCUCCACCAUCCAAGAUCCAAAAGGUUGAAGGGCAAGAGGAAAUCCCGGAGGUCAAAUAUCCCAAUGGCGCCAGCAUCCCGCUGGUGGUUUGUGGUGAUUUCAAUUCGCUGGGUGAUAGCGGUGUAUACGAACUUAUAACAAAGGGAGCAAUCGAUGCGCAUCACCCAACACUGGGAGGAAGGGAUUACGGACCUUAUAGCGAGGAAGGUAUAUCGCAUCCGUUCAACUUAAAAUCGGCCUACUCGAUUUUCCCUGAUUUCCCGUUCACGAAUUACACACCUGGCUUCAAUGGAGUGAUCGAUUACAUUUGGUAUUCGAGCAAUUGCAUGCAGGUAACGGGUCUGCUGGGCGAGGUUGAUAAGGAGUACAUGAGUAAAGUGGCAGGCUUCCCGAACGUCCACUUCCCUAGCGACCAUCUCAUGAUACAGGCCGAAUUCUAUAUGAAACCACCUAGAAAGGAGGUGCAAAAGCCGCCGCCUCCAGACUUUGGAGCCACUUCCUCCCGCAAGUAG